CACAUACUGUUUGGUUUUCUUUUUUGGGGGGCUUGCUUGCCAGCACCUCACAGCUGGUUUUGGGUCGGCCAUCUGGUCUCAGUUAUACCCUUUGGAUUCUUUGUCGGACAAAUGGCCUUCCUCACUCACCCUCAUACUGUCCCUAAUCCGGUCGGCCUCAUGCUGGCUUGGCCCGAUAAAGAUAAUGUCUUGUCUUUUUUUUUGUUUCUUCAAACUACGCUUCUUGUUCCCGUUUACUUUGAACGUGUGUUUUGUUUUUGGUCGGCGUGUUUUCCAUUCUCUGACGACUUAUCGCUUUUGAGCCCUGGGCUUAGGAGCGAAAUGUGGUUGUUUCCAUACCCUUUUUGGCGUUAUUAAAGCUGAGCAAACACUGCUCCGGUUCUACGCCUCCUGUUUUUUUGUUUAAAACUGGUCUUACAUGCACAUAUGUAUGCAUGCAUGUAUUUAUUGUCUUUCUGGAGGGAACUGUCCUUUGAUGGAUAGGUAGUCGUGUGAAUAUAGGUUCGCACUAUGUUAGUGUAUCUGAGAGGGUGAAGGCUAGAGGUCUAGUUGAUACAAUUGUGAUCAAUAGAGUCUCUGUCACGCCUUUAAAAGU